GUCCCACGAUACAGCCGUGGUCGUUGCAGGCGCUCCGUCUCCACUCAGCGUCUUUCUGCUUUACGUGUACACGCUUCAAAAGUAAACAACUUCUGUCGCCAAAACGGAGGUGGAUCCACGCAUGCGUCGGUAUUUCCUUAUUACUGAUAUAAACGUGCAGUGUAGCCCAACCGAUCGCAGGACUUAAGUCUGGCAAAUGUGCAUCUGCAAUUCUGUGUAUGUUAGCGGCUCACGUUGUGCUGGCAACAUUGUCCCAGACCACGUAUCUGGUGUGGACGUCAUGAGCCGUCUAAUAAACGGAGAGGAGGAGGAGGAAGGGCGGUAGUCACUCCUCUUCACUAUCUGCUGUUUACAACAUGAUUGCAGGCAACUACAGCGCAGCACUUGACCUGUGACGAGCUGGAAACGCUGGCUUGUCCUCUGAGACCAGCUAUCCGGUUCUGGAUACUCGUUUGACAUUUCAUCGUUAGGAUUUUUGCCUCAUGUAAUGUCCUCACUGUAUGUUUGUAUUUAGUUUGAUAGCUGUGCUCAAGCUGUGGAUUUGUCAUCUUUCCACUUGAAGUGGAUGCUCUGAUGAUACAGGGUGGGGGUGGGUGAAACUGGGUGGCUCCACCUUCUGCAGGAGCAAAGUCAAAGGGCCAUAAAGAGGUGUUUGCUGGGAAAGGUCCCGGCUUCCUGCUUCAUAAGUCAUUACGAGACAGCGUUCCCUGAGGGGCAGCAGCGGGGGCUCCCACCAACGACCCAACUACUCUCAGAUAAGAGCCAAAGAAACACGGUGUCUCUUGUUUCCAAAGAGACUUAAUCCAGAUUUCUGCAAUGCUGCAUUUGAGUAAGGGGGAUUUUGUAUGGGUGGACAUUGGUGCCCAUGUCCCCAUCGGGGCAGAGGUCAAGGUGACGGACACCGGACAGUUUCAGCUGAUCGAUGACGAAGGAAAGGAGCACAAGAUCAACAAGAAGACGGAGGGCGCCAUCCGGCCCAUGCACCCCACCUCUGUGAAGGGUGUGGACGACAUGAUACGGCUCGGUGACCUGAAUGAGGCCGGGCUCCUCAGGAACCUCCUGGUGCGCCACAAGGAAGGCAUCAUCUACACGUACACAGGCUCCAUUCUGGUGGCGGUCAACCCGUACCAGCUGCUGCCCAUCUACACCGUGGAGCAGGUGCACAUGUACACAGACCGCCGGCUGGGGGAACUGCCGCCGCACGUCUUCGCCAUCGCAGACAGCUGCUUUUUCAACAUGCGCCGCAACCAAAGGAACCAGUGCUGCGUGAUCAGUGGAGAGUCCGGAGCAGGUAAAACUGAGAACACCAAGCUCAUGUUGCAGUUCCUGGCCGCGGUGAGCGGCCAGCACUCCUGGAUCGAGCAGCAGAUUCUGGAAGCUAACCCCAUCUUGGAGGCCUUUGGAAAUGCCAAGACCGUCCGCAACGAUAACUCUAGUCGUUUCGGCAAGUACAUUGACAUCAACUUCACCAAGGGUGGGGCCAUUGAAGGGGCCCGCAUUGAGCAGUACCUGCUGGAGAAGUCCAGAGUUUGUCGCCAGGCGCCCGAGGAAAGAAACUACCACAUCUUUUACUACAUGCUGAUGGGCAUGCCAGCUGAGCAGAAAAAGAUUCUCUCUCUUGGGAAUGCUGCAGAAUACAAAUAUCUCACCAUGGGGAAGUGCACCAGCUGCGACGGACGUGACGAUGUGAAGGAAUUUGCCCACUUUCGUUCAGCUCUGAAGAUACUCAUGUUCACUGAGAAUGACUCCUGGGAAAUCUGCAAACUGCUUGCUGCAAUCCUUCACCUGGGCAAUGUGGACUUUGAGGCCACCAUAGUAAACAACCUAGAAGCCUGUAAGAUCCUCACGUCACCCAAUUUCAACAUGGCCAGCCAACUUUUGGAGGUGGAACCCAAAGCACUGGAGAAGAGUCUGACUCAGCACUCCCUCAUGACGGGCAGAGAGAGUGUGACCAAACCGCUGACCUCUGCCCAGGCCAAGGACGGCAAGGACGCCUUCGUCAAGGCUAUUUACGGCAGACUUUUCAUUUGGGUCGUGAAAAAAAUCAACGCCGCCGUUUACAAACCCCCCGAGGACGGCGAAGAGGUUCGACAGUCAAUAGGCUUACUCGACAUCUUCGGCUUUGAGAAUUUCAACAAAAACAGCUUUGAGCAGCUGUGCAUCAACUUCGCCAACGAGCAGUUGCAGCAGUUCUUCGUCAGGCACGUUUUCAAGCUGGAGCAGGACGAGUACGCCCGUGAGAACAUUGUUUGGAAGCAGAUCGACUACAAAGACAACCAGGGCACCUUGGACAUGUUGGCCAACAAACCUCUGAACAUGCUGGCGCUUAUUGACGAAGAGAGCAACUUCCCCAAGGGCACAGAUAGCACCCUGCUCCACAAACUGAACCAGGUGCACGGGAAAGGAGACAUCUAUCUUUGCCCCAAGAACAACUACGAGACACAGUUUGGGGUCAAACAUUUUGCUGGAGAGGUCCACUACGAUUCAAAUGGUUUCCUUGAGAAAAACCGCGACGCACACAGCUCCGACCUGAUUAAUCUGAUGGAGACCUCGACCAAUAAACUCCUCAAAGAGGCGUUUCACAAUGCGCUCUCCUCCAGUACGAUCAAGAGCAGCGGCAACCCGAGGAUGAUCAUCAGCACGGCCAACAGCAGCCUUCGGCAAGGGGCGGAUGGCAAGAAGCGAGUGCCAACUCUGAUCGGCCAGUUCCGGCAGUCCCUGGAUUCCCUGAUGAAAACACUGACGGUGUGCCAGCCCUAUUUCAUACGCUGCAUCAAACCCAACGACUUCAAGAGGCCCAUGCUGUUUGACAGGGAGCUGUGCAUGCGCCAGCUCCGUUACUCCGGUAUGAUGGAGACCAUCCGGAUCAGGAAGAGCGGAUAUCCCGUACGCUACACGUUCAGCGAGUUCCUCAAUCGCUACCGAGUCCUGCUGAAAACUACCCUCUGUGAUCCCAAAACAAAAAGUAAAGAGGAAUGCUGUGACAGCAUUUGUGAGUCUAUUCUUGCUGAAGAGGGCGACUGGAAGCGUGGCAAGACAAAGAUAUUCCUCAAGGACUUCCAUGACACCAUGCUCGAAGUGGAGCGAAUGAAAGAGCUAAAUGAGAAAGCACUUGUGAUCCAGAAAGUCAUGAGAGCCUACAAAUACAGGAGACAAUUCUUGAAGAAAAGGGCAGGUGCUCUGGUCAUUCAGAAAUGCUGGAGAGGACAUAAAGGAAGAAAGCUGUACAAAGUGGUCCAGCUGGGUUUUGCGAGGCUGCAGGCACAGGUUCGGUCUCGGCAGCUCCAGUUCCGGUAUGAGAAGCAGCGCAAGGCGUCCGUCGUGCUGCAGGCGCGGGUCAGAGGGUACCAGGCCAGGAAGGAAUGGAAGCGCAAGAGAGACGCUGUGAUCCUCCUGCAGGCCCACGCCAGGGGCGGGCUGGCAAGGAAGGCUAUGAAAAAGAGGAAAACCGAUAUGUACCUCUCUGCUAAAGAGAAAGAAGAAGAACAGCGAGCUGUGUUGGAGAGACAGAAACACUUGGAGGAGAUACUUAGGCGGAGGAAAGAGAUGGAGGCCAAAGCUCAGACUGAGUCCAUCACUGACCAGGAGAUGGUGGACAGCAUCUUUGACUUCCUGCCCGGCAUGGUCGGAGGAGGGCAGGAGGGGCAGGCCCCCGUGGGAUACGAGAAAUUUGAGGGGAGAGUCACAGAGGAGAUAGACAUCGACGAGCAGCCAAUGGAGGAGGGUCUCCCCCAAGAGGACGACGAUGACUUGGACGAGUACUCCUUCUCCAAAUUUGCCUCCAUGUACUUCCAGGGCGCAGCCACCCACAGCCACAUCCGCCUGAGGCUUCGGCAGCCCCUGCUGUACCACGAAGACGAAGGAGACGUCCUGGCUUCUCUGACUGUGUGGUGGAUCAUCCUGAGGUUCAUGGGAGACCUGCCUGAUCCAAAGAAGCGGGUCCAGGCUCAGGGAGGCUCCCCGCAGGAACGACUUAUGCCGCAGGAGUUGAUGUCCAGAAACGACAGACGUCUCAGCCACAUGGUUGGACUGGAUCAGAGGGUGCUAAGGAAUAAGAAAGAAAGGAAGCCCUCCACAGUACCCGAGGAGCCGACGCAGAACAGGAAGGCUUCCAUUUUCACAGACCUUCUGACAAGAAACAGGAAGGCUUCUACUGCGCCCGGUGAGACGGCCCAAAGCCCGAGGGGCUACACUGUGCCAGAGGGGGGCCCGCGAGCAAGAAAGGGAUCCACGUUCACCGACCUAAUGUCCAGAAACAGAAAGGCAUCCACAGUCCAAGAAAGUACAAUCCCCAAACCCAAAAGCUCCAGGAAGCCAUCCAUCAUCAUGGAGGAGUCAGAUGACCUGACCGAAGUAUCCAAGCCUCCCACCCUGCAGACUGUGAGCGAGGACGAUGACAUCAUGGUUGGAGAGGGACCCACCCUGGACCGGCCCCUGACGGUGCUCGAAAAACUGCACAUCAUUGUGGGAUAUGCCAUCGUCAGACCCGAGCUCAGGGACGAAAUCUACUGUCAGAUCUGCAAGCAGCUUCAAGACAACAACACUCGCAACAGCUACUUCCGUGGCUGGAUCCUGAUGUCGCUCUGCUUGGGCAUCUUCCCUCCAAGCGAUCGCUUCAUCAGGUACCUGCAGAGUUUCAUCCGUUUCGCUCCGGGAGGCUACGCCGCCCACUGUGCUGAAAGGCUGCGGCGCACGGCCAUGAACGGGGUGCGAGGGGAGCCUCCGGCCUGGCUGGAGCUGCAGGCAAUCAAGACAAAAAAGCCCAUGAUCGUGUCUGUGAGUCUGAUGGACGGACGCUCCAUUAACCUCCCCGUCGACUCAGCGUCCACCUCCAAAGAGAUCUGCCAGCUCCUCUCUAACAAAGUCAAGCUCAAAGACACCUUCGGCUUCUCUGUGUACGUCGCCCUGUAUGAAAAGGUGUGGGCUCUGGGCGGCGGGCGGGAGCACGUGAUGGACGCCAUCUCCCAGUGUGAGCAGGAGGUGAAGCGGAGAGGAGGGCAGGAGCAGCACGCUCCCUGGCGUCUCUUCUUCCGCAAGGAGGUCUUCACCCCCUGGCACGACUGCAAGGAGGACACGAUCAGCACAGACCUCAUCUACAGACAGUUUAUCCACGGGCUGAAGUGCGGCGAGUACCAGAGUAAAAAGGAGGACGAUCUUGUCCAGCUGGCUGCAAAGCAUCUGUACAUCCAGAACGGCGCCGACAGCAGCGCAGAGCACGUGAAGGAGGCCGUUCAGGACUGCGUGAACAACACUCUGCUGGAGGCCAAGUCAGAGGGCAAAUGGUUGCAAAUGGUCAGCGCUGCUCAUUCUCAGGGUCCGUACCUCAGUUCAAGACAGAAGGCCGAGUCGGUGAAGGCAGAGAUGGUGGACUACGCCCGAGAGACGUGGCCCAUGUUCUUCUCUCGCUUCUUUGAAGUGGUCAAACUGUCCGGCCCUGCGCUGCCGAAGAGCAAGUUCAUCGUGGCCAUAAACUGGACCGGUAUCACUUUCCUGGACGAGCGGGAGAAGAGGCUGCUGGAGCUCUCCUUCCCGGAGGUCACCGGAGUCCACACCAUGAGGGAGGCUAAAGGCUCCGGCCAGGCAGUCAACCUGCUGACACUGAAAGGAGACUUCAGUCUGAGCGGAGGCACAGCCGAGGACAUGGCGGAGCUGGUGACAAUGUUCCUCAGUGGCCUGAGGGAGAGAUCCAAGUAUGCUGUGACCCUGAAGGAGGCCGACAGGCAAGAUGACCCCACAUUCCUGAGUUUCAAGAAAGGAGAGCUCAUUAUAAUAAUCAAAGAUGAUGAGUUUUCUGAGCAGCGCGGCUGGAUAAAGGGCCAAAGUGAGAGCACGAGACAAACGGGAGCCGUCCCCACCGAGGCCAUCUUAAUCCUGCCCACACUCAGCAAACCCACCAAUGCGGUCAUGAGCCUGCUCAACUUGUCUCCUAACCAGAGAGAGAACAUCAUCCGGGAAAACCAGAAGGAAACAGGAACGAUGGAGAGAUUAGCUCCUGCCACGCUGAGAGAAUUCUCCCUGGAGUACUUCAGGCAGCCCAGUAAGGAUGUGAACCGUCAGGUGAUGUCCAGGAACGCCGCUCCUGAGAGGCUGUGGGCAAACUCCAGAGAGCCCAUCAGACAGCCCCUCCUUAAGAAGCUGGUGGGCAACCCAGAGCUCAGCCACAAGGCCUGUCUGGCAUUCACCGCGAUCCUGAAAUAUAUGGGAGAUUACCCCACCAAGCAGACGCAGAGUCCUCUGGAGCUCACCGACCAGAUCUUCGGCCCCGCCACUAAGAACGAGGCGCUCAGGGAUGAGAUCUAUUGCCAGAUCAUGAAGCAGAUGAGUGGCAAUAACAACAGGCUCAGCGUGGAGCAGGGCUGGCAGCUGCUGUGGCUCUGCUGCGGCCUGUUUGCUCCCAGCCAGUCUCUUCUCAGGCACGCUCGGCGAUUCCUGGAGACCCGCAGCAGAGAGCCCCUCGCCGCCGACUGCCUGCAGCGUCUGCAGAGCUCCCUGAGGAUGGAGCCCAGGAAGCUCCCACCGCACCAGACGGAGGUAGACGCCAUCCAGCAGAACAGCACGCAGAUCUUCCACAAAAUUCACUUCCCCAACGACACGGAGGAGAUAUUUGAGGUUGCGACAAAUACCAGGAUCAAGGAUCUCAUCCAGAACAUCACCAAGAAGCUCAGUCUGGCUUCAGCUGACGGCUUCAGCAUUUUUGUCAAAACACAAGACACGGUCCUCAGUUUGAAUGACACAGACUACUUCUUUGACAGUCUGAGGCAAAUCACCGACUGGUCCAAGAAAGCCAAGAGGAUCAAAGACGGCGGGCCAGUCAACAUAGCCUACCUUGUGUUCUUCAUGAGGAAGUUGUGGUUCAAUGUGAUCCCGGGCAGAGACGCAGAAGCAGAUCUUAUCUUCCAUUUCCCUCAGGAGCUACCAAAGUACCUGAGGGGCUAUCAUGUUUGUACCAAAGAAGAAAUGGUCAACAUUGCAGCCCUGCUCUUUAAGAUAAAGGUCGGCAAUGACAAGAGCCAGCUGGUCAUGAUUCCCAAGAUGCUGAAGGAGCUGGUGCCCGCCGACCAGCUGAAGGCCAUGUCGGAAAAUGAAUGGAAAAAGACUAUUGUCGCCUCCUACAACAAACAAGCUGGCACGACCGUUGAAGACGCCAAGGUGGCUUUUCUCAAGGCGGUCUGCCGCUGGCCGACUUUCGGUUGUGCAUUCUUUGAAGUGAAGCAAACAUCCGAACCAAGUUUCCCAGAUAUUGUGCGCAUAGCCGUCAGCAAGGAAGGACUCACCAUCAUCCACCCUAAAUCCAAGGAGGUGCUGGCAAACCACCCGUUCAACCGUAUCGCUAACUGGUGCAGUGGAAGCACCUACUUUCACAUGACAAUCGGCAAUUUAGUCAAGGGGAGCAAAUUCCUGUGUGAAACCUCACUGGGUUACAAGAUGGAUGAUCUCAUAACCUCCUAUGUCACAAUGUACCUCAAUGAGCAGAAGGUUCUGCAAACCAGGAACCAGCGCUUCAACAUGUGAACCUCAGCAGCAAGAAGCUGCCGAUACGGAGCCAACAAAUUCACCCUGGAGUCCAGACACACAAAGGGAGGCGGAGCUGGAGAUGUUUUCUGUUUUUUAAAGUGCAAUCAACUUGUUUUGUGCUCAGUAUAAAAAAUGAUUCACGCAGUUUUUGUAGAUUUAUCCCAGUUUAUUGAAACUAAUAUUUCUCUGAUGUUCAAGUAACGUAACCCGUAACACAUGUCUCAUGUAAAAUUAAUACUAUGCACACAGCUCUGAAUUUAUGACAAAAAUAGGCUCUGUAAAACAAUGCGUUUUGUGAUCUAUAAAUAUCGACGAAAUGUACUAAUAUGUAUGAGGUGGGUUUUCUAAAUUCUUUAAAGUCUAAAAAGAUACGACAAACUGCAAUAAAUCCCACUACUCGUUAUUACCAACUUAUUUCAUAAUACUUCCUUUGUAUAACAGAGUUUGUUAUAACAUUUUACCCAACAUAUUUAAUGCACACUGGUGAAACACAUUUCUAUUUUUGUUUACAUUGAGAUGCAUGGGAAGCAUUGUUUUUUUUUAUUCCCAGAUCGCCACACACACUAAAAACAUUGCUUCAUAGUGCAAACACUGUUUGUAACCCUGACCAUGAAUAAAUCCAUGUUUUAACUUCCUUAUCUUGAUCAUGAAAACAAACCAAUCAAUAAAAUUGUUAAAAGUU